GUUUCUCGUUUCAACAAGACCUACGUUCUUAGUACACACUACUUUCGUACUAUUCCUCCGGUCCUUCAUCAAUUCUCCUUCAUGGCUCGGUAGCAACAGCCCUUGUGUCCUUGUCUCAAACCUUCAAAAUGUCUAUACGCCACUCGACAGUCCACCUCACUCGGUCGCUGGCGAACCGCACCAUUCCCCGCCCAUCAGGUGGCUUACUUGGGACAUAUGGCCCUCAAAAGUCAUGUAUGGCCACUGUGGCGCCUCCCGUCAUACAGAACGAAACGGGCAAGAAUGGACCGACAGCGAUGGUCUUUAUGAAUAUGGGCGGUCCUUCUACUACCGGUGAAGUAGGAGACUUUUUAAGCAGACUUUUUGCGGAUGGCGACCUGAUACCACUCGGACCUCUACAAUCGUACCUGGGACCGUUAAUAUCGCGUAGGAGGACACCCAAGAUACAGAAACAAUACGCAGCAAUAGGAGGAGGUUCGCCGAUCCGCAAGUGGUCAGAAUACCAAUGCGCGGAGAUGUGCAAGCUGUUGGACAAGAUGUCACCGGAAACUGCACCUCAUAAGCCUUAUGUUGCGUUUCGAUAUGCCAACCCUCUGACAGAAGACAUGUAUGAGCAGCUUCUCAAGGACGGUUUUGGCAAAGGCAGGGGUGGCCGAGCGGUCGCAUUCACACAAUAUCCACAAUACAGCUGUUCCACGACUGGAAGCUCUCUGAAUGAGUUGUGGAAAUGGCGAAACCGCAUCGAGGGUAAGAGAGCGACUGGAGAGGAGAACCCUGAAGGUGCCAUCACGUGGAGCGUCAUAGAUCGCUGGCCUACACAUCCUGGUCUGGUGGAAGCAUUUGCCAGAAAUAUCGAGGAGAAGCUGGCUGAGUAUCCAGAAGAUCGACGAAAGGACGUGGUGUUGUUGUUCUCAGCUCACAGUCUCCCGAUGAGUGUGGUCAACCGAGGUGAUCCCUAUCCUGCCGAGGUAGCCGCUACGGUUCAUGCAGUCAUGCACAGACUGGGGCAUUCCCAGCCGUACCGAUUAUGUUGGCAGUCACAAGUCGGACCUUCUGCAUGGCUUGGUGCGCAGACGAGCGAUACUGUCAAAGAGUACGUCAACCGGGGACAUACUGAUCUGAUCCUGGUUCCCAUCGCCUUCACAAGUGACCAUAUUGAAACUCUGUACGAACUGGAUCAGGAGGUGAUGGAGGAGGAUGCCAAGGGACAUCCCGGAGUGAAACGAGCUGAAAGUCUGAACGGAAAUCCCGUCUUUAUUCAAGCGCUUGCAGAUAUUGCUCAUGCCCAUCUGCAAAGCGGCGAAAGUUCGUCGAGGCAGAUGCACUUGAGGUGCCAAGGUUGUAAAAGUGAGAGAUGCCUCGAGCAGAAGAAGUUCUUUGCCGGAGAACAAGCAAAGAUCCUGCCAACUGUGAGGUAGCAUUCGAAUGCAUGAGAUAGCUGUACCAUUAUGCUUGGACCAAACCGAUGCCUAUGACAGAAG